AUGGUGUGGUGGCAGAUAUUUGUCUCUUUCGGUGUCGCAGGGGCGGUUUACAUGCUUUGGUUGGCUCUGCAACGGCUAUGGCUUUCACCUAUUGCUCACUUCCCGGGGCCAAAACUGGCCGCCCUUACAAUGUGGUAUGAAUUCUACUACGAUUCAUUCUUAGAAGGUCAAUACACUUUUCAGAUUGCCGAGAUGCAUCGCAAAUAUGGCCCAAUCGUGCGAAUCAGCCCGUACGAGCUACAUAUUGACGAUGCUGAAUAUUAUGAUGCGCUUUACUCUCGAGAUGCACCGCGAGAUAAGUCAUUACACCUGACUGGAAUGUUUGGGGCACCGGCUUCUGCAUUUGGGACAGUCGACUAUCGGCGCCAUCGGAUACGACGUCAACCGAUGAAUCCUUUCUUCUCCCAACAGCGAAUUCGAGAACUGGAACCAAUGCUCCGGGGCAUGGUUGACAAACUGUGCGAUGGAUUGCGCGCCUGGAAAGACAGACAUGCUCCGUUACAUGUGUACCAUCCAUUUAAUGCUUUCACUACAGAUGUGGUCGUUGAAUACACCAUGGGGCACUCAUUUCACUAUCUUGAUGACCCAGACUUCAGCCCACAAUGGUCCAAAACAAUGCAGGCCAUUGUGCAUGCGGGAAUCCAAUUCAAACAAUUCCGCUGGUUCAUUAGUCUCUUUGAGCUACUCCCACGAUGGCUCGUCAUGAGCAUCAAUCCUGACAUCGGGCCGGUCAUCGACCAGAAAAAUGAAAGCAUGCGCCUGGCUAACUUGGUCAUUGAUAGUCAGCACUCGGACGGCAUGUCCACAGGCGACAGAGCUGGUGUGCCCAAAGACACCUUAUUUCAUGCUCUUGUGGAAAGCACGCUCCCGCCUGAAGAAAAGACAGCUGAUCGCUUAAGCCAAGAGGUUUUCACUGUCAUGGCGGCUGGCGGAGAAACGACUGCCAGAAAUUUAGCCACAAUUACAUUCCAUCUCCUAAAUAAUCCCGAAAAGCUUGAGAAACUACGCGAGGAGCUGAACCGACUGGACCCCGAUGGGACGGCGUCCUUAGUGGAAUAUGAGGCAAUGCCCUACCUGGUAGGAUUUCUUGUCCAGGCCGCACUCUCUAAUAGAACUCUAAUCACCAACGCUGUUGCAACUCGGCUUCAACGCAGCUCACCAGGUCAGCCUAUGAGAUAUAAAGAUUGGAUCAUUCCUCCUAGGGUGCCGGUUGGUAUGACGAGCUUAUUCGUACAUCAUAACGAAGACAUCUUUCCUGAUUCGCAAAGUUUUAUCCCGGAACGAUGGAUUGACCAAAUGCAAAGGAAGCGGCUCGAAAAGUACCUGGUCGCCUUUAGCAAAGGGUCGAGGCAGUGCAUCGGCAUCCCUCUCGCGAAGGCUGAAAUACUUUUGGUGGUCGCCAGAGUUUUCAGAGAAUUCGAUAUGGAGCUGUACAAAACCACAAUUGAUGACGUCCGUAUUGUGCGUGAUAUGUUCAAUGGCCAUCCGAGAAAAGGGAGCCAAGGCGUGCGCGUCAUGGUCAAGGAGUGGAAUGGACGCCCGGGAUCGAGUGAGUAUUCUCGAGAACGAUAG